CUCCAGUGGACGUCAUGGCACGCAACGGAACAGCGUUCAAUGCAACGUGUUCUAUAAAGUCGUCGCUCCUCCCUUCCGCUCGCAUCCUUCCUCGACUGUCUCAUACCCAUACACGCCUAGACUAAAAACACGCCAUGAAGAUUAUUACAAAAGAAGAGUCUGACACGCAGAUGCGCGCGACCGCCGUCGGCGGCGCCAAGGGCUUCGCGGGCGGCCUUGCUGUCGCGCUCCCCAUGUCGUACCUGCUCAACAAGCGGUGGGGAUACUACCGCGCACUGCCACCGUCUCUCAAGGCAUUCGGCGUUAUCAUCGUCGCCGUCCCCGCCUUUGUGAUCAACGCAGAGCAUUCAGGGCUGCGAUACGAAAAGGAGCGCCGGACCGACUUUGGAAAGCUGGAGAUGGACGCGAAGGAGGCGGUGCGGCAGGCAAAGUGGGAUCGCAUGACCGUCACCCAGAAGUUUCAGGAUGUCGCCGCGCGGCAUGAGUACGGCUUCAUUGGUGGCGCGUGGGCAACGAGUAUGAUUGGUGCAUUUGGGUACAUCAUGCGGAACCCAUACGAGACUUUGCCACAAAAGCUUGUGCAGGCGCGUAUGUGGGCACAAGGACUCACGAUUGGUGUGCUCAUCGCCGCGGCUGUGCUUACACACUCACGGAAGAUGAAGUCGAUGGAUGAGUAUGGACACCGGCUGGUCGAGCCCGAUCACUCGUGGCGAGAUAUCAUCGAACAGGAGGAACGUAACGCGCAUGCCAAGCCUGGGAGCGAACGCUGAGGCUGACGACUCGUUGACCAGUCGGAAUGGAUGCACAAAGUGAAAACGCACGAGGCCCAUCGUGUGACCCUUGUAUUGCAUGUAUCAACUUUAUUCUAGUGCUACCCGGCCUGCCAUGCAUAUACCCAGAUAAAUGUUCAUUCCAGCUGCUGUCCUUCCAUUCCAAACCCCGGCAUGUGAGGACUGCUGGCUUCCACAACAGUAGGCAUACUUUCCCACCGAGGACGCGUAAUGCCUCGGCCAUCCACUUUGAGUUCUGUCCCAUGCCCAUGCGGCC